CACUUCCUGACUAUGGUUGGUGGCACCAUCUCCAUCCCAUACAUCCUCACUCCUCUAAUGUGCAUCGAUGACAAUGAUCCAGCAAGAGGUAAAAUUGUGUGCACCAUCCUAUUUGUGUCAGGAAUGAUCACCCUCCUUCAGUCUACCAUUGGAGUCAGGUUACCAAUCAUCCAAGGUGGCACCUUCAGCUUCUUGGUUCCAACCAUUGCUAUCCUCACUACCAGCUUUGAACCAUGCAGUGAUGUAAUACAUCAAAACAUGACAUCUUCAGAGAUUGAAGAAACAUGGCAAGUUCGAAUGAGGGAGGUGCAAGGUGCAAUUGCUGUGGCUUCCAUAGUACAAGUUAUUAUUGGAUUUUCAGGGCUGAUUGGCAUCAUCCUUCAAUGGAUCACACCCCUGACAAUUGUGCCUACAGUCACUCUGGUGGGACUCAGUCUUUUCAACACAGCAGCAGAGAAAGCAUCCCUCCAUUGGGGUAUUGCAUUCAUGACCAUAGCCUUGCUGAUCCUGUUUUCUCAGUACAUAAAGGAAGUCCCAGUGCCUGUACCUGUUUUUAAGAAGAGUUCAGGAUGGACUGUCUCAAAGAUCUACAUCUUCAAACUCUUCCCAGUUCUUCUGGCAAUCCUUAUUUCUUGGGGAUUUUGCGCUAUUCUCACGGCUGCAGAUGUGUUUCCGGAGGGUAAUAAGGCACGCACAGACCUCAACCUUGGCCUCAUUGGUGAUUCGCCAUGGUUCAGAGUUCCUUACCCAGGUCAGUGGGGGCUUCCCACUGUGUCAGUAGCUGGCGUUUUGGGAAUGAUGGCAGGGGUGAUUGCGUCGAUGAUUGAAAGUAUUGGUGACUACUAUGCUUGUGCCAGGAUUGCAGGAGCUCCACCGCCCCCAGUUCAUGCCAUCAAUCGGGGCAUUGGUGUUGAGGGAGUUGGAUGCAUUCUAGCAGGAAUGUGGGGCUCUGGGAAUGGCACCACUUCUUAUUCUGAGAAUAUAGGAGCAAUUGGAGUGACUAAGGUGGGCAGUCGCCGAGUGGUGCAGUUUGCAGCCAUCACCAUGAUGCUCUUUGGUGUUCUGGGGAAAUUUGGAGCAGCAAUGGUGACGAUUCCGGAACCAGUAGUGGGUGGGAUGUUCAUGGUCAUGUUCUCCAUGAUCACCGCAGUGGGGCUGUCCACCCUUCAGUAUGUCGACCUCUCCUCCUCCAGGAACCUCUUCAUCAUUGGGUUCUCAAUCUUCUUUGGCCUGGCACUACCCAAGUGGAUGGAGGACAACAGCGAUGCAAUACAAACUGGGAAUGACAUCUUAAAUCAGAUCUUGAGUGUGCUCCUGCAGACUUCUAUGUUGGUUGGCGGUGUAUUAGGCUUCAUUCUGGACAACACCAUAGCAGGUACACAGAAAGAACGUGGCCUUCUUGAGUGGAACGCCCACCUGAGUUCAUCAACAGAGAAAGAUGAAAAUAAGACCAAGUGCUAUGAGAUACCAUUAAUAAUGGACACUGUAAGAAGAAUGUCUUGGACAGAGUAUCUCCCUUUCUGUCCAAAUUUCAUUGGAUGCUGCAGAAAAAAAAAGGAUUUGGAUGUUUGACCAGUAAAAUGAUAUAUAUAUAUAUAUAUAUAUAUAUAUAUAUAUAUAUAUAUAUAUAUAUAUAUAUAUAUAUAUAUAUAUAUAUAUAUAUAUAUAUAUAUAUAUAUAUAUAUAUAUAAUUUUCAUGCCACCAAAGGAAAAAUAGUAUUUUUUUAAAGUAUGUAUUUGACUGUAAUUUUCAAAAAAUAAUAAUAAAAAACUAUUAGGUAUUUGCUGUCACUUAAAUUUCUCACAGUAUUAUUUUAGUAUUCUUAUAGAUAUAUUUAAUAACUCUGUUUUAUAUGUAAGAUCCUUUAUCAUGUACUCUGUUUUACAUGCAAGUUCCUUUAUCUCCAGUUUCCUUUCCAGCCGUUCUAUCUCUGCUGUGGUAGACGGUCACUGUUCUUCCCCUAAACCUAUCAACAGUGGUGUUCCACAGGGCUCUGUCCUAUCACCCACUCUCUUCCUGUUAUUCAUCAAUGAUCUUCUUUCCAUAACAAACUGUCCUGUCCACUCAUACGCCGACGACUCCACUCUGCAUUAUUCAAUUUCUUUCAACAGAAGACCCUCUCAACAGGAAGUACAUGACUCCAGGCUGGAGGCUGCAGAACGCUUAACCUCAGACCUUACUAUCAUUUCCGAUUGAGGUACAAGGAACCUUGUGUCCUUCAAUGCCUCAAAAACCCAAUUUCUCCACCUAUCAACUCGACACAAUCUUCCAAACACCUAUCCCCUCUUCAUCAACAACACUCAUCUGUCACCAUCUUCAACACUAAACAUCCUUGGUCUAUCCUUAACUCAAAAUCUUAACUGGAAACUUCACAUCUCCUCGCUCACUAAAUCAGCUUCCUCGAGGUUGGGCGUUCUGUAUCGUCUCCGCCAGUUCUUCUCCCCCGCACAGUUGCUAUCCAUAUACAGGGGCCAGGUCCAGGUUGAUAGGUGGUCUUUUCUGGACAGCAUGUAGGUAGUUUUAAGCCACUCGGCGGCGGCUGAAAAAUCCCAGCUUGGUGGCACCGGACGGGGAUUGAACUCGCGUCCUCCUGAACGCGGCGCCGUCACUCUGUCGACUCAGCCACUGCCUCCCCUUAAAGCUAUGGUGAUGUUACUUUAUAUUUAGAAUAAUAGUGAAUAAAGCUAUGAUUUUUUUA